AUGACCACUGUAGGAUACAACAGCAUGCCACAUACGUUAGACUCGCCGAAAGGACCAUCAACUCAUAGGGAGUAUUGGAAGCAAAGACUUUGCAAUAAGUUGACCCAAGAUGUAUACAUCUUCCCUGUAGAUGAGAAUUCCAAAAAAGAGUUUUACGAUACUAUUACCAAUGACAAGAUUCAAGUUUUUGGGAAAGAAUUGGCUCCUGGAAACCGUGGCGUUCAAGCAGUUUCUGACUUUGAUAUUGGUGCUGUAAUAAUGGACGUUUCUGCUGUGUCAGGGUAUUUUGAUGAGCCUCAUUUGCAAGGAAAACUGUUGAGAUAUUUGACCUACUAUCAUGAGAUAUUACAAAAUUUUGUACAUAUUGAGGAUAUGCACAAGAUUGAACAGGAUAUAUUGCACUUGACUUUGAUCACAUUGUUCAAUUAUCUAGAAGACAGCGAGUUUGCUUGUAAGGUGAAUAAUUUGUGUACCCAUCAGCGUCAAAUUCGAUCGGAUCAUGAAAUGUGUCAGAGUAGAGAUAAAGUUAAAGGCAAAAUGGUUGAAAUCAUGAUAUCAUUUUUCACAAAUUUUCCUCCAGCAAUGGCUUUAUUCAAAAAGGGAGAUAUCAAAGUCACCAAGAGCAAUUGGAAGUUUUUCGAAAAUCUAAUCAAUUUGGUCUUCAUCAACUAUUCUACUUUAAUGAAUUAUCGAUAUCAAGCUGUUGGAAUAGUAUUAGACCCACAAUUCUCCAUCAUUAACCAUAGCUGUAUGCCUAAUUGUUUCCAAGUCGAAACUGGGUACGAAAGCUUUCAAUUGAUCAAUACUUUACCAAUUAAACAAAACGAAGAAAUAACAGUGACUUAUAUACUGAGCGGUAUGCCAAUUGAGCUUCGUCAGCAUCAAUUAUACUCCAGGUACUACUUUAGAUGCAAAUGUCAAUUGUGCACUAUGAAGUAUGACAUAUUUUUUACCAUGCAGUGUGACUCUUGUUUCAAACCAAUAAAAUCUCCAAGCUUACAUGGUGUGUUGACUACACCCAAUACAAUAAUUAAAGAAAUAUCAUGUUCCAAGUGCUUUCAUCAAUUGGAUAACGAAUUGUAUGCAAGACAAGUACAGAUUAGAAAUUUUUUAAUUGCUUUGAUUUUGAACCCAAAUUCAAGUUAUAAUUCAAACAAUGAAGGAUUCUUUAGUCUUUUGCAAAAAGAAUUUUUAGGUCUUACUGAAAAAUAUGGCAAGUCAGUGUUGGUAAAAAUACUUAAUCAAGCAAUUGAUGAUUUUUUUGUACCAAGAGAAAGAAUUGAUUUUGUGAAAAGUUUGAUCGAUGAAGUAAUGCAAAAAAGGGUAUUUCAACUUUGUACAUUUCCAUUCAAUGUCGUUGUUCGUACAUUAUUAACUACAUGCGAGAUUGAAGACUUUGCGUCAGGAAUGGAGUUUUUGAAGUAUUAUGCUCGAGAAUUAUUUGCAGUGAAUUUCCCAACGGAUUUAUCAAAUCAAUUGUUUUUCAAUGAGUGUUUGUAUUUGGAUUUGGCUGAUUAUAUCAUGGAAGUGAUUGAACAUCUCAGAAUACAAAAGAUUGAUACAUAUUUUGGCUCAUAUCAUGAUUCUCUUGAGCUAUUAUCAAGAUGUGCUUAUUUCUUUUACAAACAUGUUAAAUCCAAAUUUGAAGAAUCGUAUGUUGAAGAAAAGCUCAUUAGUAUCCGAAAUGAAUUCCUGCCUAUUACUUCGGAGUAUUCAAUACAUACCUGCUUGGAGAAAUUCUUUACACAUGCAAAUGCCAACAUAUACAUCACCAAGACCAGGUUCUUGAUCUUCAACGCUAGACAUGAACAAGUGACUUUAUUCCACACAUUUGACUCCGAAGAUUACUUGUGA